AAUCUCACUUUCAUUUCAGUGUAGUCCCUAAGCAUUACCAACACAUCCUGGCUUUGGCUUUUGCAGUAAAAGAGAUAAAUGAAAACUCUCUGAUCUUACCCAAUUUCACUUUGGGCUUCCACAUCUAUGACAGUUAUAACAGCGCAAGGAGGACUUAUCAUGCCACAAUGCUGCUUCUAUCAGCACUGGAGAGAUUUAUCCCUAACUACCUAUGUGACAAGCAAAAAAACCUAAUAGCAGUUGUUGGGGGACUGGAUGCCCAAAUUUCCAUUCACGUGGCAACUCUCUUGAGUAACUAUAAGGUUCCACAGAUCCAUCACUUUCUCAGAAGUGUGUCCUUUAACAACAGUAGAGGAGACAAGAUUUCUUUUGACCAAAAUGGGGAGUUAGUGGCUGGAUUUGAUGUAAUCAACUGGAUUGUUUCUUCAAACCAAUCAUUUCACAGAGUGAAAGUUGGGAGUGUAGAUGCCAACCAAGUCUUCAGUAUCAAUGUGAAUGCUAUUACAUGGUAUGACUGGUUUAACCAGUCCCAGCCUCUUUCUUUAUGUACUGAGAGGUGCUACCCAGGUUUUAGGAAGAAAGUGAAAGAGGGAAAGCCAUUUUGCUGCUAUGAUUGCAUCCCAUGUCCAGAAGGAAAGAUUUCAGAUCAGGAGGACACGAAUGAUUGUAAUAAAUGUUCAGAUGAAGAAUAUCCAAACAAGAACCAGGACAUGUGUAUUCCCAAGGAUAUAAGCUUCUUGUCUUAUGAAGAACCUUUGGGCAUCAGCUUAGCUUGCUUUGCUCUUUCCUUUUCUUUGAUCACCACUCUGGUGCUGGGAACAUUUAUGAAGCACCACAACACGGCCCUUGUCAAAGCCAACAACCGAGACCUCACCUACACUCUCCUCAUCUCACUCCUACUCUGCUUUCUUUGUGCAUUGCUAUUUAUUGGCCGACGUGACAAGGCGACCUGUCUUCUCCGACAAACGGCUUUUGGCAUCAUCUUCUCAGUAGCUGUUUCUUGUGUGUUGGCAAAAACUAUCACAGUGGUUCUGGCUUUCAUGGCUACUAAACCAGGAUCCAGGAUGAGAAUAUGGGUGGGGAAGAGACUGACCAAUUCCGUUGUUAUUUCCUGUUUUCUUAUUCAAGCAGGCAUCUGUAUUGUGUGGCUGGGAUUCUCACCCCCAUUCCCAGAUGUUGAUAUGCACUCAUUGGCUAAGGAAAUUAUUCUAGAAUGUAACGAGGGAUCUGUGACUAUGUUUUACUGUGUCCUGGGCUACAUGGGCUUCCUAGCUCUUGUCAGCUUCACUGUGGCUUUCUUUGCCAGGAAGUUACCUGACAGUUUCAAUGAAGCCAAGUUCAUUACUUUCAGUAUGCUGGUUUUCUCCAGUGUCUGGGUAUCUUUUGUUCCAACCUACCUCAGCACCAAAGGAAAAUACAUGGUAGCUGUGGAGAUCUUCUCUAUCUUAGCUUCUGGUGCUGGGCUUCUGGCUUGCAUCUUUGCUCCCAAAUGCUACAUUAUUUUGUUGCAACCUGAGCUGAACAACAAGGAACAUCUAAUAAGAAAUAGGGCCUGAAGAAUUUGCAUCUCUUCAUCAUACUUU